AGGACUUUUAGUCUGUUGCUGUAUUUUGCAGAUAGAAGGACGGAGGUCCACAGAUGACAGGUCCAAAAGUCACACUGCGGUUGGGUCAUCUGGCACCUGGGCUCCUGCUCCUUGUGGACUCCAGCGCUUGCCCUCCAGGGACACUCCUUGCCCAGACCGGCCCCUUCUGUCCUGGAGGGAGGGGAGAGUGAGGCUUGGUGGGGGCCUGUGGCCAGGGCGACGGAGCUACCCUGUCCCCGACUCCUAGGACCGCCCCCCCCAGCUCUUAUUAGGGGAUGCCCUGCGGCAUCUCCUGCAGUUACGAGUUAUGGCCGCUGGGUGUCGCUACACAGCAAAAAAACCCUCAGGCCGCCGGAGAACAGGACCUAAUGGGAGCUCUGAUGGGACAGCGCCUCCAGACCCUGAUCCCCGACCUCUGAAUUCCUGCCCAGGUCUUUGGUCCGCUACAGACUACCUGCCAGGUGCUGGAUCCACGCUCUCGCUAGAUCUGCCAGCAGCGCUGUGAGGUGGGUGCAGUCACAUCCCUUGUGAAGAAGGGGAUAUGGGGGCGUGAAGAGGAUAAGUACUUCAUCAGAGGUGACAGGUGAGAUUUGAACCACACUCUUACCUGGUGCAGCUUCUUGGCCCCACAGUAAUGGUACCCAGUUCACAGAGUGGUUUGGGGGAUUAUACGAUGCACUGUGUGUUAAAGGGCUUGGCACAGAUCUAGCUGCAGCGGAACGUAAUAAGCAUUGAUUGACCCAGAGGCAAAAGAGCGGGAUACAGAUCCACCCACGUUUGAAUCUGAACACGGCUAUUUUCUUAAUGCGAGAUCUCUGGAGUCAAGUCGCUUUGCUUGUCUAAGCCUCUUGUUCCCCUGGCGAAAAUGGGGAUAAUCAUAGCUACCUGAAGAGCUGCUCAGUGGAUGGAGGUAGAGGAUGUAGUGUCUGCCGAGAAGUGGGUACUUAAUGGGACUGAGUGUUCGGGAUUAUCUUUUAUUUUAUGUCAUGUAGGCGGCAACUCUUCCCGGGCCUGUGGAGGAGGCCGGAGGUCAGGGCUGGAGCCCUGGGGUGGGGCCUUGCACAGGCAGCUCCUGGCCCUCCCCUCCUGGCCAGGUCAGCCCCUCAGUGGGCCCUGGCCCUAGAAGGGCUCAGAAGCCUGGGGACGCUGUUGCUAGGCGCCAGUUGCUAGGUUACAUACACACUGUUUCUCCUACAUGGCCACCUCCAGGACUGGCUUCUCUGGAGCAGCUCUGACUCCUGAAGCCUCUCCCUGACCUCAGAGCCUCUGCAGAGGAAAGGCCCCCCGGGGUCCUGCCCCACGGCAUCAUGAUGGGGAAACUCCCCCUAGGGGUCGUCUCCCCUUAUGUGAAGAUGAGUUCGGGGGGCUCCACAGACCCCCUGAAAUUCUAUGCCACCAGCUACUGCACAGCCUAUGGUCGGGAGGAUUUCAAGCCCCGAGUAAGCAGUCACACAGGCACCGGCUACAAAUCAAAUUUCCAGCCCGUGGUUUCAAGCCAAGCCAGUCUGGAGGCCUUAGACAACCCUGCCAUGGGGGAACAAGCCCGGGACCAUUUCCAGUCCAUGAGCAGCCAGAGUUACCGCCCCCUGGAGGUGCUGGAUGGCAAGCAGCCCCUGCCCUGGAGCAUGCACCAGACCAGCUCAGGCUACGGGCGGGAGCAGCCCUGUGCCGGCCCCCCGACCAAGGAGGUCCGGAAGGUCCAUUUCGACACCCAGGAGCAUGGGCCUCAGGCCAUCACAGGGCUGGAACCCAGGGAAGUGCCCCUCCUCCACCAGCAGCAGGGCCAGGACUCCCUGGCUCGGGAGAACUUCCGAUAUGGCCCGCGCUUCAUGACUUCGGAGUACAAUUCCAAGUAUCUGAGGGAGCCUCCAGACCAGCCAGAUCUGUUGCAGAAGAAAUCAAUCGGUGCCAAGGAGGGGAGCGGCUUCACCAAAGAGUUGCACCAGAGCCCCGUAGUCUUCCAGCCCCCCUCACAGGCCCUCCCUGGGGACCCGGCCCUACUCCCAGGCCAGAGUGUCACCAAGUCAAGCUUCCUCCCCAAGACUCACCUGCAUGGAGAUGAGUUUCUACCUGUUCUGGCCAGAGGCUCCGGCCGGGAAACAGCCUUCAGCCGAGGGAAUGAAAGGGUUCUGAACCCUAGAGUGCCCCCUUCCCACCCAGAACCCAGCAACCUGAGUCAUCAGCAGUUUCAGCCACCCCAUCGGAUGCAACAGACAAACGUUGCCCUGCUUGGCCGGGAGACUGUGGGGAAAAAGGAGCCCACAGGGUUCAGCCUUAACAACCCAAGCUAUGUCCGGAGCCCCCGUGAUCCUGACAGGGAUCAUCGAUUCCUGACCACCUACAACCAAGGGUACUUUGAGAACAUCCCCAAGGGUCUCGAUCGGGAAGGCUGGACUCGAGGUGGCAUCCGGCCCCAGACGUCAGGAGGCUAUGCCCUAAGCCAGCCGGUCAGCCGAAUGGAAGCCACCCCCAAGCCCACGGAGAGCCUGCGGCACCUGCACCCCCACGUGGGAAGAACCCUGGCCUCAGUCGACCCCUUCUACAGAGACACACCUCCCAGCAGCCGCUUCGUGGCACCCAGCUGAGCCCUGGGCCAUUGGUUUGUCAGCCCUAGGGGACAGAAGCCAGCCAGGCUACUGUCUGUACCCCCACUCCAUCCCCCACAGGGACCUCCCCCAGCUACCCUCCUAAUGAAAUAAAGAGCAUUGAAGCAGAGA